GAAAGCGAUGACGAAGCUGACCAGGAUGAACAUGCGUUCGAUCAUCCUUCGACGUACGUGGAGCAGCCAUGGAUAUGGAUUCCGCACGAUGUGCUGGGGUUGAGCAAGGUGCUGGUGGAUGAUCUGAAGAAAGCGGGCGUGGAGGCGAGUGAUGCAGGUGCUAUGAUGGACCGGAAGGGGGUGGUUGAGGUUACUAGAAAUCCUCCUGAUGAAGAUUGGGCGGGCGGUCAUGAC